UCUAAGUAGAAAUCAUUCGGGAUAUCUCAGGCCUAUGAUAUUCGGGAUAUCCACUCUUUUGCUUUAUUUUCGGAGAAAAAGAAGUCUCAGACGAUGUUUCUAGUAUAGACUGACUGCAUACUUUUCCAAGUUUGAAAGAGCCGCAUGUUGGAAUCUGUUAGAAGUUUCAGUGCAAUCUGUUUUGUUUUUCCUCUACCACCAAACGAAGCCUUAAUCCCUUUUCUGGGUUUGUUUGUUUCUCCACGAUAUUGUGUUGAAGCAGAAAGGGGUGGUUCAAAAGUUCAAAAUGGGUUGUGUUUCUUCCUGUUUCGGCCCGAGGGAUUGGGAAGAUAACCAAGACAGGUCCAUCCACACAAACCGCACCUGUCCCGGUGCCUUCAUUCCCAACUUUCUCAACAAGUAUGUACAAAUAUUAGGCACCAGACAGAUGCGUACCAUUCGGUGUGCUGCCUCUUCAAAUUUUACAGUGGGACUUGAUGAUACAGUAUCUAACACAGAUGGGUUUCGUCCUAGAUCUUUGCCAUGUAAUGCGAAUCCUAGAUGUUCCAAUUUGCAACUGGGUGGACGAACCACAAGCCAUGAGAAAGGACCUUGUCAUUUGCUGAAAGAUUCUGAACCACACGGGAGAAGCAAUAUUCAGGCGGGCCUGGAACUUGUUAGCGGGGGAGGCACACUCAGUAGGUCUUACUGUGAAGGGGGAUCAAGAAAAUGCUAUUCUGAGUCCACUAGUGGAGCCAUCAACAGCAGAAGUGGCCGGUAG